GAACCGCAGUACCGAGCAGGCAGGAACAGGGCCCGUCGCGUGGGCUGAUCCCUGCCUGUCCUUGUCAAGGAGCCGGGGCAGCUUUGCAGGCUGGCAGGUCGGUCGGUCGGUCGAGCUUCGAUGACGCCGCUCCGGCUCCCACCACCAUUGAUGAGUCCCCCGAUCCAGUAUCCCACGAUAUGGUGCCCCAUGUCGCCCACAACGCUCCCAGAGCUCUUUUGAGGGCUCACUGCGCCCGCACCACCUGCAAUGCCGUCCGGCUCUACAGCUGCCCUCGCCAGCCAGCCAGCCGGGGCGCCGCUCGCCAGCCCAGCCGCCACUCCUCGAGCUCUGCACCCGCCCCCGUCGGCGCCAGCACUUGGCUCCCGAUACGUCCCCGCUGGCUUGAGGCCAAUGCCGUUGCCCACUAUCGCACCCGCAGGAGCUACGCAACGGCAACGGCAUCGGGCUCCGGCCCCCCCGCCGACAUUGCCGUCCUUGGAGGUGGCCUGACCGGGCUCACUACUGCCUACUAUGUGACCCGCUUCAACCCGGACGCCAGAGUCACCAUCUACGAGUCCCAGUCACGACUGGGAGGAUGGAUAGACACGGAAAAGGUCGACGUCACCACCCUCGCCGGUACUGACGAGACAGUCAGCUUCGAACGUGGCGCUCGCGUCGUCUCGCCCCAGUCCUCCCUCACACGUUACGAGGACUUUGUUCUGUACGACCUGAUCGAUCAGCUGAACCUGGUGGACGAGUCAGUUGCUCUGUUCAAGGACGACCCUGUGCUGAGUAGCCGCUAUGUCUUCUAUCCCGACCAUCUCGUCGAGAUGCCAAGCAACCUCCCCAAGGACUUCUUUGGGAGGUUGAAAUGGUUUGCCAGUGUCGCAAACAAGGUCUUGACCGAGCCCGUCUUCACUGGUGCUCUGAGAGGGACAUUGCAUGCCGCCCUUGCCAGGAACACGCGCAAUGCCCAGGCAGCACAGCAAGCAUUGACAGAGGCUCGCAGUCAUAAGUCAUACGCCAUCGCGGACCUCAAAGACGUGUCCAUGGGCGAGUAUUUCGCUGGUCUUUUUGGCCGCCCUGAUCUUGUCAACAACCUCCAAUCCGCCUUAAUCCACGGAAUCUGGGGCGGUGAUGUCUGGAAGCUGAGCAUGCGCGAGGGCACAUUCCAGCAGGCGCUCAUCCAGGAAUCACACGGCGCAACUCCACUGGUUGCGGUCAAAGACCAUGAUUUCUACUCAGGACGAGACGUCGCCGUCAGGAAUGAGUCUUCGUUGCUGCUGGCCCGCUACUUCGAUCCCAGGGUCGGAUACAUAUGCUUCCGUAACGGCUUUAGCACCCUGACAGAUGCCUUGGCCGACGCCCUGAAGAAUAACCCGAACGUGACUGUCAAGACCGGCAUCCCAGUCACCUCGAUACGGUACGACCAGGGAAGAGCAGUCGUCUCUGCACCCGAACAAGCAGGAGCCACUGAGGUCGGUGAGGCCAAGUACGACAAGGUGAUAUCGAGCCUGUACAGCGGCAGCCUCGCCAAGCUCACCGGCGAAUCUCUGCCGACCCUCAAGAACCAUAGCGCGGCCGUCACGAUCCAGCUCGUUAACCUGUGGUACCCCAACCUCAACCUGAACGCCGCCCACCCGGGAUUCGGCUAUCUCAUUCCCCAGUCGGUCCCUGCCGACAACAACCCACACGCGGCCCUGGGUGUCAUCUUCGACUCGGACAGAGAGGCGGCCGCCAAUGUCCCCGAGCGCGAGUCUGCACCGGGCACCAAGCUGACCGUCAUGCUGGGCGGGCACUACUGGGACUACCUGGACGCCGACUCGUGGCCCGACGAGAAGGAGGCCACGGCCAUGGCCAUGGACACGGUGCACCGCCAGCUGGGCAUCCCGCCCACCGAGCCCGUCUUCACCUCGACCAAGGUCUGCCGUGACUGCAUCCCGCAGCACUUGGUCGGCCACCGGGAGCGCAUGGCCCAGGCCCACGCCGAGCUCUACGACGCCUUCCGCGGCACCCUAUCCGUCGUGGGUAGUUCCUACACCGCGCCGGGCGUCCUGCCCAACCUCAAGGCCGGCCGUGACAUGGCCCUCCAGGUCUCGGGCCAGGGCUACAAGCUGGACGACGGCACCCAGUCCGACAUGCUGCACGUGGGUCCAACAGGGCUCGCUCGGUUUGUCGGUAGGAAUGAGACCUACCGCCUGCGCGACAGGAGGCAGAUGCCGUAUCGCUUCGGGAACAAGGCUUCUCCGGACGGUCAUGGCUGGCCAUCUUAGUCGUCACCUCUUGUCAAAAAAAGUCUUUGCUUGUAUAUAUAGUAGACAGUAUUCUUACAAAAAGAAUAGACAAAAGCAAAAAGGGGGGCUGCAGAUAUCUUGCCAAA